CAGACAUUACCCGGUUGUUGUGAGCAGACGGUGCCUUUCCCAGCAGACCGCCGGGGCCCCCCACUUAGGAAACCGGUGGAGCUCGUGGCCUUCAGGUGUGCGUACCUGCAGGAACAGAUCCCAGUGUAACUCUGGUUGUCUCGCUGACAGGUCCUGGUGACCCCGGCCGGGAGGCUUCCGAGCGCUCGGCAACAUGGCUUCCCCGCCCCACCAGCAGCUGCUGCAGCACCACAGCACCGAGGUGAGUUGCGACUCCAGCGGAGACAGCAACAGCGUGAGGGUCAAAAUCAACCCCAAGCAGCUGUCCUCCAACAGCCACCCGAAACACUGCAAGUACAGUAUCUCCUCCAGCUGUAGCAGCUCCGGGGACUCAGGGGGGGUCCCCCGGAGAAUGGGCGCCGGAGGCCGCCUGCGCAGGAAAAAGAAGCUGCCUCAGCUGUUCGAGAGGGCCUCCAGCCGGUGGUGGGACCUCAAAUUCGACUCCAUGAACCUGGAGGAGGCUUGCAUGGAGCGCUGCUUCCCGCAGACCCAGCGCCGCUUCCGGUAUGCGCUCUUCUACAUUGGCUUCGCCUGCCUUCUCUGGAGCAUCUAUUUUGGGGUCCACAUGAGAUCCAAACUGACUGUCAUGGUAGCCCCUGCUCUGUGCUUCCUCGUGGUGUGUGUGGGCUUUUUUCUGUUUACCUUCACCAAGCUGUACGCCCGGCAUUACGUGUGGACCUCGCUGGUUCUCACCCUCCUGGUGUUCGCCCUGACCCUGGCUGCCCAGUUUCAGGUUUUGACGCCCUUCUCAGGACGAGUUGACAGCUUCAAUCAUACUCGGGCAGCCAGGCCCACAGACACUUGCUUAUCUCAAGUGGGGAGCUUUUCCAUGUGCAUUGAAGUGCUCUUUUUGCUCUACACCGUCAUGCACUUACCUUUGUACUUGAGCUUGAUUUUGGGAGUGGCCUAUUCUGUUCUUUUUGAGACCUUUGGCUAUCAUUUCCAAGACAAAGCCUGCUUCCCCUCACCUGGAGCAGAGGCCCUGCACUGGGAGCUGCUGAGCCGAGCCCUGCUCCACGUCUGCAUUCACGCCAUUGGGAUCCACCUGUUCAUCAUGUCCCAGGUGAGAUCCAGGAGCACCUUCCUCAAGGUGGGCCAGUCAAUUAUGCAUGGAAAGGAUCUGGAAGUGGAAAAAGCCCUGAAAGAGAGGAUGAUUCAUUCUGUGAUGCCAAGAAUCAUAGCUGAUGACUUGAUGAAGCAGGGGGACGAGGAGAGCGAGAAUUCUGUCAAAAGGCAUGCCACCUCCAGCCCCAAGAACAGGAAGAAAAAGUCUUCCAUACAGAAAGCCCCUAUUGCCUUCCGCCCGUUUAAAAUGCAGCAGAUUGAAGAAGUCAGUAUUUUAUUCGCAGAUAUCGUGGGCUUCACGAAGAUGAGUGCCAAUAAGUCCGCCCAUGCCCUGGUGGGGCUCCUCAACGAUCUGUUCGGCCGCUUCGACCGGUUGUGCGAGGAGACCAAGUGUGAGAAAAUCAGCACCCUGGGAGACUGCUACUAUUGUGUGGCCGGGUGUCCCGAGCCUCGGGCCGACCAUGCCUACUGCUGCAUCGAAAUGGGCUUGGGCAUGAUAAGGGCUAUCGAGCAGUUCUGCCAAGAGAAGAAAGAGAUGGUGAACAUGCGCGUCGGGGUUCACACGGGGACUGUCUUGUGCGGCAUCUUGGGCAUGAGGAGGUUUAAAUUCGACGUGUGGUCCAAUGAUGUGAACUUGGCCAAUCUCAUGGAACAGCUGGGAGUGGCUGGCAAAGUUCACAUUUCCGAGGCCACCGCAAAAUACCUAGAUGACCGGUACGAAAUGGAAGAUGGGAAGGUCACUGAACGCCUCGGCCAGAACGUUGUUGCUGACCAGUUGAAAGGUUUGAAGACAUACCUGAUAGCGGGUCAGAGAGCGAAGGAGCCUCAUUGCAGCUGUUCAGAGGCCUUGCUUUCUGGCUUUGAGGUCAUUGACGGCUCACGGGUGUCCUCAGGCCCUAGGGGACAGGGGACAGCAUCGCCAGGGAGUGUCAGUGACUUGGCGCAGACUGUCAAAACCUUUGAUAACCUUAAGACCUGCCCAUCGUGCAGAAUCACGUUUGCUCCCAAAUUGGAAGCUGGCGCCGAAGGCGGAGCAGUCCAGAAUGGCUGUCAGGAGGAGCCCAAGAAGAGCAUGAAGGCUUCUGGAGGACCCAGUUCCAAAACGCAAAACGGACUGCUGAGUCCUCCCCCGGAGGAGAAGCUCACCAACAGUCAGACCUCCCUGUGUGAGAUCUUACAAGAGAAGGGAAGGUGGGCAGGUGUGAGCUUGGACCAGUCAGCCCUCCUUCCGCUGAGGUUCAAGAACAUCCGGGAGAAAACGGAUGCCCAUUUUGUUGAUGUUAUCAAGGAAGACAGCCUGAUGAAAGAUUAUUUUUUUAAGCCACCCAUUAAUCAGUUCAGCUUGAACUUCCUGGAUCAGGAGCUAGAACAAGCCUACAGGACCAGCUAUCAAGAAGAGGUUAUAAAGAAUUCUCCCGUGAAGACUUUCGCCAGUGCCACCUUCAGCUCCCUCCUGGAUGUGUUUCUGUCGACAACAGUGUUUCUGAUUCUCUCCAUCACCUGCUUCCUGAAGUAUGGGGCCGCCUCUACGCCACCCCCGCCGGCUGCCCUGGUGGUCUUCGGAGCAGCCCUGCUUCUGGAGGUCCUGUCCCUCGUGGUCUCUGUCAGGAUGGUGUUCUUCCUGGAGGAUGUGAUGGCUUGUACCAAGCGCCUGCUGGAGUGGAUAGCCGGCUGGCUCCCGCGCCAUUUCAUCGGGGCCAUCCUGGUGUCCCUCCCCGCCCUCGCGGUCUAUUCACAUGUCACCUCCGAAUUUGAGACAAACAUACACUCCACCGUGUUCACGGGCUCGGCUGUCCUGAUCACCGUGGUGCACUACUGUAACUUCUGCCAGCUCAGCUCCUGGAUGAGGUCCUCCUUGGCCACAGUCGUUGGGGCCGGGCCCCUGCUGCUGCUCUACGUCUCCCUCUGCCCAGACAGUUCCAUAGUAAUUUCACACCUGGAUGCAGUACAGAAUUUCAGCUCCGAGAGGAAUCCGUGCAACGCCUCGCUGCCACGCGACAGCAGGAGCCCAGCCAGCCUGAUUGGCCAGGAGGUGAUUCUUGUCUUCUUCCUCCUGCUCUUGUUGGUCUGGUUCCUGAAUAGAGAAUUUGAAGUCAGCUACCGCCUACACUACCAUGGGGACGUGGAGGCGGACCUGCAUCGCACUAAGAUCCAAAGCAUGAGGGACCAGGCCGACUGGCUGCUGAGAAACAUCAUCCCCUACCACGUGGCUGAGCAGCUGAAGGUCUCCCAGACCUACUCCAAGAACCACGACAACGGAGGAGUCAUCUUCGCCAGCAUUGUCAACUUCAGCGAGUUCUACGAGGAGAACUACGAGGGUGGUAAGGAGUGCUACCGGGUCCUCAACGAGCUGAUUGGGGACUUCGACGAGCUCCUGAGCAAGCCAGACUACAGCAGCAUUGAGAAGAUCAAGACCAUUGGGGCCACAUACAUGGCCGCGUCGGGGCUGAACGCCACGCAGUGCCGUGAUGGCAGCCACCCGCAGGAGCACCUGCAGAUCCUGUUCGAGUUUGCCAAGGAGAUGAUGCGCGUGGUGGACGACUUCAACAAUAACAUGCUGUGGUUCAACUUCAAGCUCAGGGUGGGCUUCAACCAUGGGCCUCUGACGGCAGGCGUCAUUGGCACCACCAAGCUGCUGUAUGACAUCUGGGGAGACACAGUCAACAUCGCCAGCAGGAUGGACACCACGGGGGUGGAGUGCCGCAUCCAGGUCAGCGAGGAAAGCUACCGCAUCCUGAGCAAGAUGGGCUACGACUUCGACUACAGAGGGACAGUGAACGUCAAGGGCAAAGGCCAAAUGAAGACCUACCUGUACCCCAAGUGCACGGACAAUGGGAUGGUGCCGCAGCACCAGCUCUCCAUCUCCCCUGACAUCCGAGUCCAGGUGGAUGGCAGCAUUGGACGCUCCCCCACGGACGAGAUCACCAACCUGGUGCCUUCUGUACAGAACCGGGACCAGGUGUCCCUGGGCUCUGAGAACAACACACAGACCAGGGACACUCACCCGUCUCCUAAGAAACCCUGGAAAGAGCCCAUUAAAGCCGAAGAAAGGUGUAGGUUCAGCAAAGCCAUAGAGAAAAGCGACUGUGAAGAAGCAGGGGUGGAGGAAGCCAACGAACUCACCAAGCUCAACGUCUCAAAGAGGGUGUGAUGCGGCCCAGCGCCGCCCGCGGUGCUCUGUCUGUCCGGGUUCCACAGUUCCCGUCCCCAGACGUGGUGUCCUGUGGUCAUUGCAGCCCUAACCUCUGUGUGGAUCACAGUUAUUCAGGGUUCAUUUUCAUCCAUUUUUUUCCUCUUCCCCCUUGGUGUGACCGUUCGGCAGUGUGGAGAACAAGUGCCUUCAGGGGCUGGCGCGGCCUGGAGUCCAGGGAAGGUGCGGCCAGGGUGUGGCGCUGCGUGGUGGUGGACGUUAAAACAGAAGCUGUGGUUAAAAUAUUAUUUUAUUGCUUUUUCUCACAAGACACUUUUUUUUUUUUUUUUUGCUAAUACAAUGUUUUUGAGGUUUUUUUCUGUACACGUACUAGUAUUUUUCCAGUGACCCGACCUUUCUAUGUAAACACAUAGAUGCACACACACUUGCAUUCAUGAAUCUGAGAUCAAGUGCCAGUAACUCACUGGGCGGGGAUGCUGGGGUGGGGGGUGCAGGCUGAGGACCGCAACAGGCCAUCAGCCAGGACACCAGUGUCCCCUGACCUGCGCCUUCCAGGCGGGCCGGGCCCUCAGGGGUUGUGGCUGUACCCACCGCCCCCAACACCCAGCGGCUUUAGGGCUUCCUCCUCAUGCAGGCCGAGAUUCCAAAUGCUUACCGGCCUCACAGCUCAUGAACCCAGGCCUCAGGUAUCUAAAAGCCCUUUUUCAUUCUGCCCCCGCCCCAAGGGGUCUUCCAGCUGGAGCAGAGGGGCUUGUCUUGGAAGCUGACUCAACUGAGAGGAAACGCAAAUAAACAUCCAAGGGUUGCAUUUAUUUAUUUAUUUAUUUAUCAGGAAAUGUGUGUGUCUUGGGGAGGGUUGCCGGGUCAUUCUGCCUGGGGAAGGCUAGGCUGGGGGGGCGGGGUGUGGUCACAGAGGGCACAGCAGAAGGAUGAGAAGGUGGCCGUUAGUGCAUCAGCUACUCUGGGCCGCCUCCCCCACCAGGGGCUGAGCAGGACCCCAGUGGGCACGGCCUGCACACUCUGGGUCGGGGAAGCCCUUGGCCACCACUUUUAAAGCAAAAGCCCUGCUUCUGCCCCCCACUCAGGGGGUCUGCUCACGGCAGGGGUGGGAUCAGAACCAGCUCGCUGUGAAUCAGGUCUGGGCAGAGCACCAGGGCUGCGGGCAGCGCUUGGCUUCCACAUUCAGGAAGCUUCUCCAUCCUUUCCUGUUCUCAGCCUGUGCAGGGCCCAUUUUUGGUGGGGUAGAGCCUGGUGAGUGGAUCCCAGCCCUCUUUAGAUGGAGCUCUUACCCUGUAAGUAGGGACAGAAUCGUCUGGAUGCAAAUGAGGUGUGGAACUGGGGAAGUACAGAAAACCCAAGGAAACUGCUUCUGUGCCCUUUGUUGCUAAUCCUGCUUGUAAUUACGUUUUGCCAUGUUGAGUCUGAAGUUUAUGUAGGAUUGAACUCAGACCAGAGUUGCCCUGUCAUAGUCAUAUGACACCUCAUUCUUAAGGUGGCUGCAGCCCAUGGGAUAUUUGAGGACUGGCUCCUUCUCUGUAUAAGGUCUUCACCGAUAUGCCCUGUGUAUUUUCUUUUCACUGGUAAAUCUCUGUGUAGCUUUCACAUCUGCAUUAAGUCCUGUUAUCACUCCUCACCAAAUACGUACAGAAUCUGCCCUUCCCGGCAUCAUGAAGUAUUGAUUCUGAUCCCCCAGCUCCCCAGGGACAUGCAUGGCACGGACCCCGGCAGUGUGCUUGUAGCCAGGAUCUCCACGUCCAGGGAGAUUUGCCUUCAGGUUUUACUGUCAGACUAUUGGUCUUCCAAUGCUAGAGAAAUAGAGAAAGGAUGACUGUGACAUUACCUCUUCUAAAGAAUGUAUUCUUAUAAAAUCCUACAGAGAUUUUAUUUUUAUUUUUUCUGAAAAACACUACCUGAUGCUCUGUUUGUCUGUCAGGCUUGUGGGCACGUCAGGGGUUCCUUCCAUCAGUAUUAAGACGUGUGUUGAGUGUGGGCCUCACCCUCUGCCAUCUGGCUCCAGCCUCUGCAGCUUUGGUGGUGGCUAGGGGCCUGGUUGUUUCCUGCUGUUCCCCGUGUCCCUGCUGUUCCACUCAAAACAUGCUCCACAGAGUUCAUCUCUGCACACGCUUCCUCCCUAUCAAACUCUUUUUUUUUUCCCUUCCCCUCCUGUGAUUCCUGGGAAGCCAAGAGGCUGCGGAUGCAGGGAGAGAGUGGUGACGUCCACCUAUCCAGUUCAGCAUUGUGCAAAUGGGAGCCUUUGUGGACGGUUUAAAUUGUCUUUAAAAAAACACCCCGAGCGAGUCUUCCUAAGCAACCAGUACAGAUGUUCUCUUUGGGCCACCAGUGACCCGGGUCCUUCCCAGCCCCUGCUUGGAAACAUACCUCAGCACAGAACCACGGAGUGCCUGCACCUGCCGUGCCAGGCCUCUGGCUCGGUGGGCAUUGAGCAGACGGUGGCUGAAGACAGAUGGGCUUCUGAGCAGCGGGUUCAAGCGCUUCCGAUCAGGUGGAGGCGAUCUUCAGAGCGGCAAUACCUCCUGUGAACUUAGGGCAGGAAGCAAUACUUUAGAAUUGAAUGUGUGUAAAUAGUUGCUUUGAGUUGCAAUUGCUAGUUUCUUCUUGGCCUCAGGUCAGAUCAAAUUAUAUAUGUAUAAAUAUAUAUAAACAAGCACACAUAAUUGCAUCCAAUGCAAACAAAUGCAGAGCAUCAAUUAUGAAACCCUCACGGAGCUUGGAGGCUGCUCACGGCUCUGUUACCCUGACUGCGCUGUGGAGACACCUGCACAUUUGCACUUGACAUUGAGAGCCAAAGGGCCGCAUGCUUCCCCAUUAUGUGGGCUGUAGUGAUUUGUAGUUUCCAAAGAUCUGUCCGCGUUUGCAUUUCUAGACUUUCGAAGUAAGCACUUUUUGGUGGUUGUUUCGAAAAAUCACGUCAUGCCUAGAAUCUGAAAUUAAAUCCGCGAGAACCAAUUGUUUGCGUUCUCCAUCUUUCCUUUGCUCUACCCUUUUUAAGUUGUUAAUCCUAAUAAUUUCAAAAUGCACCCACUGAAGAAAUGGAGAUUAAAAUACUCUAAAAUCUCAAUAUUUGAUGCCUGGUAUUUCCUCAUCGACAAGAUCGUUACCACUUCCGAGAUUAGGGUGCUCCUUGUUCCCUGCCAUUUGUGGCUGAAAUAGGAAGCUUUGCAGGUCUUUUACAUUAUGACUUUGAAAAUAAGGCAACUAAAAACUCUUAUUGUGUGUGUAUGU